AUGUCUGCGGCGGCGUCCCCAUCUCCAAGCGAGGGCGAGAGCAAGCGUGGCGAGGUCUCUUACAGAUUUUGUCAGGAAUGCUCGAACCUUCUGUACCCGAAGGAAGACCGUGCAACAUCUACUCUCCUCUACAUUUGCAAAGCAUGCCACGCGACUUCGCAGCACGACUCCGCCUGUACCUAUCGACAACAACUCGGCGCCAAUGUUCAAGAGACGGCGGGAACAACCGCUGAUGUUGCACACGAUCCAACGGUGGGUACUGCUUCCUCUGAGCUGCCACCUCUCUGUACCCUUUGUGGGGAGCCGUUGAGAUGCAACACAUGCGGCGCCAUUUAG